UCUUCGUCUCCCUCCUCCACGUUCAUCCACGAGGUUCAGUACACAAGGUGUGGUCACUUUUUCUUACGAUGCUUGUCAUUUUCAGCUUUCUAAUCGUCUCUGGAGGAAUCCUUGUUCAAGGAGCUCAUCAUAUUAAGCAAUGUGACGCCGCCACAGCCACUUGCAAGGCCGAUACAACGUGUAGCCCGCUUUACGAUCAAUACAAAAUAAACUGCACUGAUGCUUUCCUAAACAUGAGUUGCCAACCAAGUUGUCUCUGGGGUUUGAAUACUCUAUUCCUCAAUCCUACCGGACUGGGAUUCUUUGAUUGUAAAUGUCGCGACAACGACACGGAAUGCCGUAGUUUCACGAAUCAAUGUCAGGCAGUGUGCAGUCCUACGAUUACCGCUUGCACGGGCCAUCCUGUGUGCGGCCCUCUUAUGGCAGGAGUACUCUCGAAAUGCAACAUAACGAGUACAGAUUGCAAUCAAGAAUGUUGGACCACUUACACUGCGGCAGCAAAACUCUACCCUAUUAUCACCGUCAUGCAUGAUUGUGACUGCGGCCCAAACGCUGACUGUAACCGAGUGCAGAACGCCGUUAAUAUCUGCGACAACGCUGCUAAACCGACUAAAGGUUCAACGGAUCAAGCCAGUCAAGCCAGUCAGGCCACUCGAGCCCCAGGUACUCAGCCGAGUGGUAGAACAGUUGGACCAACAUCAACAGCUACUCACAGAUCCUUGGCAUUCGGAGCGCUAGCGAUAGGAGUCAUUGCAGGCGUCCUUUUCGUUUGAGACACUAAGCAGGUUACAGUAGCUUAGUAUCUAGUUCUAUAGUUACACCGAACUGCGCUGUUUGUUUGUUUGUCUAUGUGUGUUUGCUGCUUACUGCUUUGCUUUGCUGAUUUGAAAGAACACUCAACUUGACUUCGCUUUUUCCGAUACAAUGUACUAUUCAAUAUUUCUGUAUCGAUUCAAAACAAACGUGUCGAUCUGCUACCA